AAAGAAGGGGUGUGCGACGCGAGGCAGGCUGUUAAGAAGGACGUCGGGCAAGCCGCAACAGUAGCAGCAGUAACAGCAGUGGAGGAGUGGGAGGAGGACCACGCUUAGGGGAGGGAAGGUGGGCGCAGCUUCUUUUUCUCCCAGUGUGGCAGGAACAGUGCCGAAGAGGACCACAUGGCGAGGGACGCGAACGGCAGAGGCCGGCGCAAGCCCUGACUGGCCGAGAGAAACGGGGAGCGACUCUCUUCUAUCACCUUCCUCCUCCCCUUGCUCCCCAGCAGCAGCACCGCCUUCUUUCCCCCACCCCUCCCUGUCCAACCUCCCCUCUCCGCCCCUUAGUACCGCUUGGCGGAGAAGCUUGCCCCGCUCCCCGCUGAGGGUUAGCCUUGGAGCAGCGCCUCUCACUAGUCGGGCGGGAGGAUCCGUCAAAGAGAGCACGAGGCGUGCAAAGCUGAGCCAAGAAGACCAGCGCUCUCUCUUUUUUCCUCCUCUCAUCCGAGGGACCUGCAACAGACAGUGCCAUGUGAAUGUCGAGAAAGGAUUGCUUUGCUUGCGAUUUUUCCCAAGCCUGCAUAAUUUACAUCUGGGGUUAUGAAGUCAGUCCUAGAUGGCCUCGCAGAUACGACGUUCAGAACAAUUACGACAGAUCUUCUAUACAUGGGUUCUAACGAUAUCCAGUACGAAGAUUUUAAAAGCGAUAUGGCCUCCAAGUUAGGAUACUACCCACAGAAAUUUCCUCUGUCUUCUUUCCGAGGUGAUUUCCGACCAAAAAUGACUGCAGGAGAAGAUGCCAUCCUGGGUGGGCAUCCACAGGACCAGAUCAAUCUUACAGAUUUUUACAACAAGACUUUGUCUACCUUCAAGGAUAAUGAGGAGAAUAUACAGUGUGGGGAUAACUUCAUGGAUAUGGAGUGCUUUAUGAUUCUGAACCCUAGUCAGCAGCUGGCCAUUGCAGUACUGUCCCUUACCCUCGGCACCUUCACUGUUCUGGAAAACCUUCUAGUCUUGAUUGUGAUCCUGCAGUCCCGAAGCCUUCGCUGCAGGCCUUCCUACCAUUUCAUCAGCAGCCUGGCAGUAGCUGAUCUCCUGGGCAGUGUCAUCUUUGUCUACAGUUUUGUUGACUUCCAUGUUUUUCAUCGGAAAGACAGUCCUAACGUGUUUCUGUUCAAAUUGGGUGGAGUUACAGCCUCAUUCACUGCCUCGGUGGGCAGCCUUUUCCUCACUGCAAUAGACAGGUACAUAUCUAUACACAGGCCCUUAUCUUACAAAAGGAUUGUUACCAGAUCAAAGGCUGUUGUAGCAUUCUGUGUGAUGUGGACCAUAGCUAUCAUAAUAGCUGUCCUCCCUCUGCUCGGUUGGAACUGCAAAAAACUCAAUUCUGUUUGUUCAGAUAUAUUUCCUCUAAUAGAUGAGAACUAUCUGUUGUUCUGGAUUGGGGUCACCAGUGUACUCUUGCUUUUUAUUGUGUAUGCCUAUAUGUACAUACUCUGGAAGGCUCAUAGUCAUGCUGUUAGAAUGCUCCAGCGUGGUACUCAAAAGAGCAUAAUAAUUCAUACUUCAGCAGAUGGUCAAGUGCAUCAAAUUACUAGGCCUGAACAAACACGUAUGGACAUCAGGUUAGCCAAAACCUUAGUCCUCAUUCUUGUGGUUUUGAUCAUUUGCUGGGGCCCUCUACUUGCAAUUAUGGUCUAUGAUGUCUUUGGGAAGAUGAACAAGCUCGUCAAGACUAUCUUUGCCUUCUGCAGCAUGCUGUGUCUGCUAAAUUCCACAGUGAAUCCCAUUAUCUAUGCUCUCAGGAGCAAGGACCUGAGACAUGCUUUCAGGAGCAUGUUUCCACCUUGUGAAGGGACUGCACAACCUCUUGAUAACAGCUUGGAGUCUGACUGCCAGCACAGACAUGCUAACAAUCCAGGUAAUGUUCACAAGGCCGCUGAAAGAUGUAUUAAAAACACAGUUAAGAUUGCCAAAGUGACCAUGUCUGUCUCCUCAGACACAACUGCAGAGGCAUUGUAAAACAAACACCUCUCGACAUCACAAGAGAACAAAGUAAGAGAAAGCAAGAGAAAUUCAUGACUUGUUUCCUCAAAUGUACCAUCUUUAAGUUUAUCAUUUUUUAAGUGACUGUUUUUAUGAGUCUUGAGCAGUAGCCCCCUCUUCCAAGUUCUACUAAUAACUCAACCUAUGUUUUUAAAAACAGGUUUUCCAUUGGCAAAAUGCUAAUUGAGUAAUAAUGGCUAUUAUCAUAUACAAAAACAUCACAUUAAUGAGAAAAAUCUACACGCUUUAAGAAGCUUAUUGAAAAUUGAGACAUGCACAACAACUUAAUUAAAUCAAAAAUAAAAUUUGUAAUCAUAGUUUUCUUUCUGGUGUGAAAUAUGUUGUCUGUAAGUAGGUUUCAUUCCCCACCCAAAAAGCGGCAGUACUGGAUUGUAGAAAUUUUGUACCAUGUCUUGUGAGACGUAUGAUGUUUUACUGUAUGUUACUGAUAUUUGUCUAACCAAAGUGAUUCGGUAGACUUGUGUGGAUGUAAUGUAAAGUAUGUGAUGAUGUAACACCUUUCCCCACCAUGAAAAGAUAUUUUGAAAAUUUUACAUUCAUAGUGUUUUUAGUGAAUUUAAAAGGAAAGGCUUUGUAUUUCUUCUGCUCACAUUUGAAAUCCCUAUUAAGUUAAAAACUUGUGUAAAUAUGGAAAUAACAGCAACAAAGGAACAUUCUUUGUAAAAGAAAAAAUACACUGGUUCAGACUGAAAAAGAAGUGUGUUUUUUCAAAAGGCCAUCUUUUUGUCUUAUAGACUGAUGGCUUUUUGUUGGAAAUUGUUUUAAUACCAACAUGACCCAAAAGAAAGGUAUCAGUCAGUGGCGUCUUUGACAGGUAAUUGUUGUGGGGCUUUUUGGUCUGUUGCUAGCAUUGGAUGUCCGAAGACAAUAUGUGUCCAGUUCAGUGUACAAAGUUAUCACUGUGACGUAUACUUGAAUUGUGUUGCAUUCCUAUGUCCCAGGUUUAAAUAGAUUUCAAACCUGAAAUGCCAAACAUCAGUCUUCGGUAGCAAGAGGAUAAAGUAUAAGUAUUAGACUUUUUAAGAAUAGAUGUGUGUGUGUGUGUGUGUAUAAAAUGAAAUAACUAUGUAUUAGUGUGUAUUAUGUACGUAUUCUAUAUAAAUGUGGGUUACAUUAAUAUUGCUAAGAUAAGAAAUUGUGACCAAAUGUUUUCUUGGUAUUUCUUACUGCAUUCUUUGCACAUGAAUUCUGUUUCUAAAAGUGAGUUCUUCCAACCAAUCAGUAAUGAAAAUAGAGCUUGUACGAUUCUGAGCACACUUGUAAAUCCAUACUGAAAACAACCCAGCCUGAUAACUAAAGAGAAAGAAUAUUUUAGCAUUAGCAGCUGACAGCCUGGUUAAGAAGUUAAAAGUGCUAUAGCACUUAAAGACUGUCUGGCUUGAUGCGUAUUUAGUCACAAUAAUGACAAGAAAUAUUUGAAUAAUACUAGUGUUGUUAUGAACGAAUAUAGGAAACUUAAAACAGGUAUCCACAAGUGUCAGAAUCAAGCCACCAAUGCAGCAAAAUUGAGAAGCGGAUUGGAUGCUCCAAAUCUGCAUGAUUUUUGCCAGAAUUAAGAACGCAGGAGACAAAAAUUGAAAUGUCAACUGUGUAAAAAGUGUUUAAGUUAUAAAUCUAUUUUAUAGUAAGGCAGUUGGCCUCCCAUUGCUAAAAGUGGGUUACCCUGAUCCAGCAAAUGUGAUUUACGCACACAAGCAGAUUUCUAUAUUAAGAUCCAUCAUCUUGAUCAGAUCCUGCACAUGUAUAAAAGGUGCUGUUUGGGAAGUUUUUCUUUUUAGGUCCCUGCAUCUUGCACCCCAGAUUAUGUGUAGGGUUCCUGUUGUGGGCUGGAACUUGGAACCUGUGUUCCAAGCACCACAUGUAUAGCAUUGUGCAGCAGAGAACUGAAUCUAGGGCUGGAACACAUCUGUGUGGGCAGGUAAAAUGCAGAUCCUCAGAUAAAGCAGCACCCACAUAUGCACAUGAGGAGCUGAGAGGUUAGUCAACAAUAGAUAUAUGGAUACUGAAACCAUUAAAACCUGGGAACACAUAAAUUAACUUCAUUUCACUUUCUAGUAGAAAGAAACUAAAGCUAUAAAUAGAAUGCACCCUGCUAAGAACUAAAGUUCCUGAGUAGAUGUAUGAGUUAGGAAGCUGACUAGGGCAAUCUUGUGCAUUUAGAAUCCAUGAGGCAAGUCUAUGAGGCUGAAGAGAGGGAAGACAGCCCUGUGGCCCACUCUGUUCCUCUUCAGGGUUGUGAGCUGAGAAAAGUUUGUUACCAGUUCUGAUUGGGGAAAAAAUUAUCUCCAGUCCUCUUCCUUUGCUCCACAUCUGAAGUUUAAUUAGAAUAUGUUUGGGAGGAUAGUCUAUGGGAAAAUAUGCAUGUAUUAGACAUAGGAUUUCUAUGUAAGAUAAGGAAGGAGAUGCAAGAACAAAUGUCAUGAGCAGCUAGCAGUGGAAGCAAGAAAAUGCUCUUCACUCACAGCUUGGGAGUGCUUACUAACAUCGCAUAGUAGGGAAUUCCUGGCCUGUCUUAGCUCAAUGAUCCUGGGGAGCCUCAAUCUAUGAAGGAGAAGAAAGCACAGGGCAAUAGACAAGGUAGACACUACUUUUAUGGCAUAUGAGCGGGGGGGGGUAUGUCAUGUUUUCAGUUCUCUUGACUAAAGGGAUUCCAGCAAAGUAGAGGGAUGUCACUCCUGGGUAAAGUGGUGUUUUAUCUCUGCUCACUAGUUCUUUGCCAGGAGUAAAAGCUUCAUAAAAGUUAACACUAGAAAUUGCUCUACCACCUCCAUGCAGAGCAGGAGUGCAGAACCUUUUUCAGCCCAAGGGCCACAGUCAUUUCUAGGAAACCUUCUAGGGGCCACAUGCCAGUAGUGGGCAGAACCAGAAGCAAAUGUGAGCAGAGCAAUAAACAUGAAUUUUACCUUCAUACAGUAGGCUAAUUUCUACACACAUUCAACAUACCUCUCUCUAUCCAGGGAAGCAAGAAGCAUUCGCGGAGUUCAAGGACACUUUCCAGCCAGACAAAAACACUCGAGGGUGCGAAGCAGAGCUGGUGAGAGGAUGUGGCUCAGGAGGGGGUGUGGUCUGCGAAGAGUCCCAAGGGCCAGAUAGAGGGGUCUGUAGAGUUGCAUUUGGCCCCCAGGCCUGAGAUUCACCAUCACUGAUACAGACUAAUUAAAUGUGUGCUGAGUGUAAGUAAACUGAGAAGAUUAAAAUUUAUAUCUAGUGUGUACCAGUGUAACUGAAUAUAGAACAAUACAAGGCAGUGGAGGUUUCAACAUGUUGAUUAUUUCAGCAUCACAAUUUGGCUAGACACCUAAAGAAUGAGACCAUUCCAUCCAGAUGAGUAGCUUGCUGAAGACAACAGGCACGUUGCUGGAAAUGCAAGGUACUAAAAAAACCCCAAACUAUUUGUAAAUAUGUCAAAAUACUGUACAAAACAUUGGACUGGGUGUAAAACAACUUUUUUAUUGCUUAAUUCUGAGGGGUGUAGCUUGGUAAUUGAAAGGGGCUGGAUUAUUUCUGGUUUGGUUCAGUACAUGCAUGACACUCCAGCAGAAGAGGGAUUCUGUCAAGAGGGUAGCUGCGCAUUUGUUACCUAUUUGAUUUACAGAGUUGCCUCUCCAGUGAAGAAAAUUAGCAAGUUCUUGCAGACAAGCUUCCUCCAUAUGUGUAUUCAAACUUCCCACACACACACUUGAAAUAGCAUGCUUGAUCAGGGUUGCAACCUUCAGUAGCAGUGGAAAACUUUUAUUGUCCUCCAGUUAGAAAAAAAGAGAGAAUUCUGGUUAUUAGUUAGCUAUCUCCAGCAGAUGUUCACUAAAUAUUCUGGACUCACUCCAGUCCACCAUGGGUGCAUCCCAUGAUCAAAGGUAUCCCUGUAGGGCUUAACAGCCUUAAUCCCCCCCCAAGUGCAUAUAUACAAGCACUCUAUGUUCUAGGCUUUUCCACGCUAUGCUACCUGUGCUACUUUCCCUAUCUAGCACUCAUCUGUCUGAUGAAGGAAUGUAAAUCUUCCACAAUAGUCUAGCACACUCAAUUCCUUAUGUAUGCACGCUGAAGAAAGACAAAAAGUCUGUUAUGCCCUAUAGGAAUUCCUCUGCAUGCAGUUGCUGUGACCCCAGUGGCCUGUAGUUUAAAAAUAUGUUCUUCCUUUAACACUAAGUUCUCAUCAUUCUGAAACAGUUUUGGUUAAGAGCAGUUUUUGAAACUGUAUUCUUGUGGUUUUAAUGCAUACCGUAUGGGUUUCUGUUUAUGUACAAGAUCUUAACUUCUAUGUAAUUAAAAAAAAACAAUGGGACAAUGGGGCUGUCUUGGCACUAAACAUGGUGCUUACUGAUAUAAUAAGAAACAACGUUCUGUGAAAUAUUUUAAUGUAUUCAUCAAUAUAUUUCAUUUACAUAUGUGAGUUUAUUCUAACACCAUUUUUCAACUGAGGGGGCUAUGAAGUCUCUGCGACAGGAAUGCAAAAUACAGCUGCUCUACACAGAUUAGCUGCACUUAAGGCAUGUUUCAGAACAGUUGCUCUAAAGACAGUGAAACUGCUUAGAGAAGGCAUGUUCAUUCAGCCAAGGGAGGGAGAAGCUCCACUCUCAUCUCUUCCAGUGCGUGCCAGAAAGUGUAACUAGCUAAAUACCAUCCCUCAUAACCACUGCACAUUCUUAAUUAUAUUCUAAGGAUUAGAAGUAUACAUAGACAUUUCCACUGUCAUUUCUGGGGACUGGUGGGGCACAUUUUAUUUAUUAUUAUUUAAAGUGUUCUUAAAACAAAAGGUUCAAGAUCACUGUUAUCUGAGGCCUUUAAGUCAUGCCAUGUCUCAUAUGUAUAGUGCAUCUGUUUCUGGGCUGAGGACAAAAUUAAGUAUCACCAGAUGAACUGUCUGCCCCAUAACAGAGCUCCGUGUAUGCUCCAGCAUAUACACAGCACUCCUAUGCAAACAAUUUCAAUUCCAGUAUGGAAUGCUGCUCUACAUGCAUACCUCCAGGUUUAUGUACUGAAGUAAUCAUGUUCAUAAAAAGUCAUUGCGGGGGAGGGGUGUUUUUCCUAAUUACCCUUAGGAAGAUGUAAUACUUGUGAGCACAGAGGUUUUAUUUCACAAUGGCUAUUAGCUAUUGAUGCCUAAAUUCAGCAACAAUCAGUGAGGUGGGGCAGUAAGUGGGUGCCACCACUGGAUGAAAACCAGGAGGGAAGGGAGCCCCAUGCCUUUAGCAGCAGGUGCCUGGUGGAGGCAGAGGGCAACUCAUGGAACCCUACACACUGCAUGGUUAGUAGUGCCCAGUAAAUGCCAGGGAUGUCAUUGAGCCUGUGGUAUGGUAGCUACCCCUUCCCUCAGCUACCUUCAACUGAUACCCAAAGGGAUGCCCCCUCCCCUCCUGGUCACUGAUUGCUUACUGCACACUUCACCAUACACCAUGGCCUAUAUCAAGGGCAGGGAACCUGUGGCCCUCUAACUCCAGCUCUCGUCAGCACUAGCCAGCAUGGCUAAUGGCCAGUGAUACUAGGAGCAUCAUAGGUUCCCCACCCUGGCCUAAAUGGAUUACCCAUUUUUAGAGGCCGUGUAUCUCGACGAAUUGGUGCUGGGGACAAGCAACAGGAUGACCGUCAUCUUUAUGCCCUGCUUGUGAUGUUUCAGAGCCGUGGUUCCCAAACCUUUUUUUCGCAUGGGCCACUUGAAAAUUGCUGAUAGGCUUGGUGGACCACUUAACGAUUUUUCUGUCUGUUGUAGCAAUUAUAAU